GUAAAAUAAUCGUUGAUAUAUUCAUCAAAGAGACACAAACAAAAACCCUCUCUCUCUCUCUCUCUCUCUCUGUAACUUCCAUAUUCUUCUCUUUUCAUAAAAUAACUAACAAUUUUCUAGUCUUAUAAAUUUAUAUAUUAAAUGAUUAAAACAUGACAUGAAACGCAACCUGAAAGAAAAACAUGAUCAUGGAGAGAAGAACAUCACAAACAAGCUACGAUUCACCAACGCGAGAGCCAAAAGUUUUAUCGAUCGAAUGUUUGCGAGGAAGUUCGAAAGCAGAUGAAUGGACCGGUGACAUGCUUCAAACAGGUGACAUAGUCGAAGAGCUUAGAAUCGGAAUAAAAGCGAAAUCACAGAUCCGGUUCAAUUCACCGUUUAAAGGUGGAAAAAGUGGGGUCCAGAAGAUUCUUCAAGAAGCGUUUAAGAAGAAGGAAACUUCAAUAACGGUUAGGGUUCGUAGAGGUUCCAAUGAAUUGGCGGAGUUACAAGCGUGUAUUGUGCCCAACGAUUCUUCUUCGGGGAAGAAACACUUUGUUCUUCGUUCAAUUGAUGACCCGAAUUAUGUUGUCGGGUUUUUGGAUCGAACCGAACUUGAAUGCUUUGAACUUCAAGCUUCAAGAAGCUCUAGGAUGGUAAAUGAACUAACAAGGACAAAACUACAAGAUGGAUAUGUUUCUUAUCCAUGGGAAAAGAGGAUGCAGGAGAUGCUAUCAGUUCCGAAUUCAAGUAAUUUUCUUUCUAUAUUACUUCUUCCUAAAGCUUCAGAUAGAGUAGCAUCCCGUUACAAUGAUUUGGAGGACACCCUAGCUAGGGCAAACGCAUGGAUCAAUGCAGGUCAAGCUUCAGGGGUCCCUAUUGUAUUCAUGAACAUUCAAACUGAGUCCCUACUCACUAAGAUAUCUGGAGAGACAGCUUCUUCCACUGUGAAUGCGGGAUCUCUAUCUGACUUAUCUAAUCUAGCAAAUGCAAGCCUUUAUGGCUUUGAGGAUUAUCAUGGAGUAGACAUAGGCGUUGUUCGCGCAGUUCGCUUAUGGUAUGCUCCCGUUGGAGGAGAGCUUUCUAUUGAGAUCAAACUAAAAGAUGAAGACUCAAAGCUUGGAUUCGCCAUUAGUCGUACAGAAGAGGGAUUUAUAUUCAUUUCAUCAGUUAUAAAUCAAGGAAAUGUACCUGCUACACGUUCAGGACUCAGCAGUCUUUAUAAACUAGCAACAGAUACUUGUAGAUUGUUGGUAGUAUCAAGAGUUUCAAACCAAAAAGUGCUUCCAUGGAUGGUAUCUUCAACAGGAGCCAUUAGAUGUUAUGACACAGUUUCACUAAGCCAGAAACUAUCUUUGCACAGACACACAAGAGUUCCAAUUCUCCUUCAUGUUUUCCUUUGGGACAGAACGUUGGUUAAUUCAAGUGGAGGAAGCAAUAGAUUCAAGGGUCUGUCUCCUUCUGUGUUGCCACCAUUGUCAUCCGAAGUUCAACAAGCUCGCUAUCUGAAAGAAACUCAUGCACUGCCAUUGCCACCUGAAGCUUCUGAUUCAACAGAUAUCACUGGUGAGCUUUCGCAGUCAAGGCUUGAGAGAGACACUGCCGGGGAAUCCUCAUUCAGAUUUCACGACUUCUCUUUGUCCAGCAAUUGGGUAUAAUAAUAUGAAGCACUGACAAAGACACAGAUAUUACACGACACGACACUGACACCUAAAUCCCAAUAAUACUUUGAGAAAAUGGAAAUGAUAAAAUAUAACCACAUGUGCAAGUGUCUGACACCAAAAACACGUUCAAUCUGAAAUGUCAGUGUUAUACAGGAGGAUUUAUUUAUUAUAUAAAUACUUGAAGCCUAUGUUGCUGUUGUUUGUUAGUGUCCUGUACAUAAAUACAAACUAUAUACAUUGAAUUGGAUUUUCAGGUCGUAGUUUGUUUUACAUCAUUAGCUUGGCUUCCUUAAAACAGAACAAUGAAGUAUAUAGAGUUGGUUAAUAUACUUGGAGAAAAAAGUUCCUUUGUAGUUUUCGGUCAUGAUAAUGUACUCUAUUGUACUAGGUAGCAAAAAAUGUUAUUCUUAGUAGUUGAUUGGUUUUGGUACAUAACAUGUAAUGUAUUUUAUCUACAUGAAGUUGGAAUUUCAUAUUCCAAUAAUUAUAUGGUCUGAACUCUCAUCUUAUAAGAUAAUAAUAUUAUCCAGAUUGAAUA